UUCUCGUUUAUGUGCACGAAAGAUACUCCGCUUUGACCGUGACCGAGAUUUAGGUCAAGCGGUCGCGGACAAGAAACUUCAAACUAUCGUUGUGUGCGUAUAAAUCGUAAAGAUGCGUCUGUCAUCGGUGGUGGAACUGUUGUUAAUACUUUUAGUGAUCGCGUUUGCUGCUUAUGGAAGAGUAAUCGAUUCAGGCCUGGUAGCAGUGAAUCGAAGUAUACGAGCCAACAAUGUCCCGAAACAAUCUAUUCAGUUACCAACAAUAGCCGAAACUACCGAAAAUGUUAACAGAUAUUGUACAUGCAGCAAUCUCAUUUGCAACUGUUGUCGAGAUUUUCACAUUCCGUUGGUGCAAUUGAAAGGACCAGGAUGUGCUUCUUUACAGUAUCUCCAAGAUGACAAUUUAGCGGUGCAAUUGAGCUUCGGUGACAACAUUCUUACUUCAACAAUAGUAAACGGUAAAAAUCCAAAACCUGUUUGCGUACCACUACCAGGUGGGUUCAGCAAAUUUUGCGGAAGAAUUUAUUCCAUCAAAAGGGACGUCAACAAUCACUUCAAAGCUUGCCUCGGAUUGGAACUCCAAUCGGCAACCGAAUUGGAAGCCAGCUUACGCGUCAGCUGUUUUAGAUUCGGUCCGGAUGGAUUAAAAUUACGUCCAGCAGAGCCAUUACCAGUCGUUGUAACCGAGCAAACUUCUGAAGAAGACGACGACGACGAUCUGUUUGGUUUAGGUUCGGAUGAUGACGAUGAUGAUGAAGAAGAUGAAGAUGACUCGGUUAGACCAAGUUUGAAUGCAGUAACGGACAAUGCAUCAACCGACGUUGAAUCAGCUGAGGAAGAAGACGAGGACGAUGACGAUGAUGAUGUCCUUGGAUUUGGAGCAUUGUUGGAUAUCAUCACGGGUGAUGAUGAAACUACGAAAAAACCCAAGGUCUCUACUGCACCUCCACUUUUACAAUUCACUAUACCAAUCUUAACGAGACCUACCACAGCAGCACCUGCAACUUUGUUAAACCAAGAACCUUCCAACAAUCCAAAUGAUGCUUUGAUUUUUCAAAGUUUGAAUGAAAAUCAAAACGUGGAUGAUACACAAAACUUGAACAGUAUUGAGGAAGAAAGUAAUACCGAAAGUAACGAUGGUUUUACACAGGAUUCUGAUUUGUUGAUAGAUCAAACGACUCCCGAAUCUUCUGGCAAUAAUCAAAACGAAGAAACGAAGAUUACGAACAAAUUGGUUAAACUUGAGAAGCCUUUAAUUAGUCAUAAAAUAAAAAAAAUCGGUACCAAUCAAAAUAAAAAACCUAGUAUAACUGCGUCAAGUAUAAACGCCAUCAAUGACGAUACUAAAAAGAAACCAUUGAAAAAACCGAUCAAGGAUGAGAAUAAUGAGGAUGAUCUUUUGGAUGACGAUGAUGAUGACCUUGUUGAUUUGGACGAUGACGACGAUGAUGAUUUAGAAGAUGACGAAGACGAAGAGGAUGAUGCUGAUGCUGACAAACACGAAGAAGAAGAAGAAGAAGAAGAAGAAGAAGGAGAAGAGGAAGAAGAAGAAAACGAGGAUGAAAAAAAUGUGGAUCUUGAUGAUUUGGAUGACGACGAUGACGAGGAAGAAGAUGCAGUUUUAAGUGCACUCGUUCAGGAUGAUUAUAAACAUAAAGGAAAGAAAAAUAAAGUCGUGACGAAUCAACAACAAUCGAGUCAUCACGAAGAUGAUGAUUAUUCAAUUGGUAUCACUGAUUUUCUUUCGAGGAAAAAACAAGAUGGCCGUCAAAGUAGAAUCAUGAGGCUGUAAGAUCAAAAAAAUCAUUUUGAUCGACUCUAAGCGUUAAUUAUCGACAGUGACAAAUAUCUCGAAAAACGGAAUAAUUCAUCCCGACAGGGACGUAUACAAUUUUUGAUAGCCUAGGCAUAAAAUUAUUAUGAAAUUUUCGAAGGAAAAAAAAAUCAAUUACGGUUAAUCAUAUUUAUACUCAUAAUUUUUCUUUUGACCAUAGUUCAAUUGUUCAUUUUGAUAUUUAUGGUGAAAUUACGUUCUCGUAUAGGCUACGCAAAGAUAAAAUUCAUUGAGAGAUACCAUAUCAUCCACGACCUCUGCCAUAAUGCGGUGCUCGCAUAGUUUCAUAUUAUUUAAGACAAAUCUUUAUUUAUUAUCGUAUAUUUAUUUAUACGAAUUUUAUUUAAUUAACUUAUUGAACUUGUACUUAAGUACACAUCGAAUAAAGACUUACACACGUAAACAAAAUAUAAAUAAAAAA